UAUGUGAUGCGUUACGUGAAGACUUUCAGUUGACUAAUGGGCUACAGUAAUGGACAGUCAUGGAGCUGAAUGAACGCCAUUCUAUUAUUCACAACGACCUCCAGUGCAUUCUAAGUCAAUAUGAGUUAAACAGUGAAAUUUUUGUUGAGCCGAUCGAAGCAUUUAGAUGCGCCAUUUUAAUUUGUCAUCAAAUAGGAGCUCCUAUUUCAAAACUUCACAAAAACCCAGAAUAUAGACUGAUUCAAAAUGAUAUAGUUGCAUCCGAAUCUGAAGAUGAAGUUUCGGACUCCAUUUCUGGGCUCUCAUCUUUCGUAGUAACUUUCUAUGCAGACACUGAGAAAGUUUCGAACGCUUCUUUGAAGUUGUACCUUGAUGGUAAUUACGGAUUGUCUACCAAAAAUGAAAUCGAUUUUGCUAUUAUAGCUCCAGGAUUGGUAAAAGCAGAAUUAGACGCUAUUCGAUCAAGUUUUAAAGAAAUAAUCUCGGAGAAUGAAGCUUGGAGCAUAUCAGAAAUUGCAUCGUUUCUUCCGGAUUUGAAAAAUCUGUUGGAUGAAUUCGCGAGCAAAAAAUCGGAACAAAUAAUCCCACAAUUAUUAGAAAAGAAUAAGUCCAGAUACUGGAUAGUAUCGCACCAUAUUUAUAGCAAAGUGAAGCGGAAAGAUAUGCUAUUCUGGGCGAAGGAAUAUAAUCUGCGAGGAUUUUGUCUUCCUGGAAAGCCCGGAGUCAUUUGCGUCGAAGGGGAGCCGGACUCGACUGAAGCAUUUUGGAGUCGGAUCCGAAAAUGGAAUUGGCAGAGAUUACAGUUGGUUGUCUCUGACUCUCUGCAAUGUGAUUGUGAUCUUCCGAAACAGAUUAAUUGCGAUUGUGUGUUGAAAUUCGACGACUUCGAGGAGUUGGUUUUUGAAAAUGCUUCUCAUACGAAGCAAGAUAUGACGAAAUUUCGACUGUUUUUGAGUGAACAUGGUUGUGAAAACAUUUUUGAUCAGUUAUUUGGCCUAAACAGCUCAGUAACAAGUAGUUAGUUAUCGCCUUAAUUUGGAAAUUGGUAUAAAAAUUUCGAUCUUCUGUAGAGACUGAUAAUAAAUUUUUUAAAAUCAUCGACAUUUUUUUAAUGAAAUAUAUUGUGACAAAUAUCUGACUUUUAAUCGCUGCAGCCGGUUUGAGGUGUACCGUUUUCGAUCAAGCAUUCUAUUAAUU